AUGAAGGAAGAGUGUAAGUUGUGCAGUGCAAGCGGUUGGGCGGAUCAGGUGCAGCCUACAGACUUUUCUAUAUCAUCGCUGAUGAGGCCCGCGGCGCACCCAGCCGCCGCUGGACAGGUGGAGCCGCGGCACGACGCUGUAUUCCUCUCCGCGUACCUGUUCAAACUAGGUGACUAUCCAUUAUAUACGCUUCACGAUUACUACGCCAGCUACGGGAAAUGCAGGAAACACUACAGAGAGAAGAAUGGAAGACAAGGGAAGUGUGAAAGGGAUGGAAAUAAUGAUAACUACACGGAAAUAAAAGAAGAAUGUGGUAAAAUAACAGAAGGACAGAGGAAAAUAAAGGAAAUGCUAUCAGAGAACAGGAAGGGACUCAAAAAUGAAGAAAGGCUAAUCGAAGCCCUAUAUGAGAAAAGGACCAGGAAUCCACACGUGGCACAUGUGGUCCUCAGAGUGGCCCCCGAAAUCUGGCAGCAGUUGACAGAGGCGGGGUCUCUUCAACUACGAUAUAAGUACGUUAAAAAACCUACACCGCAUCACUAUGUCUGGCGUUAUGGCCAACACUUCAAGUAUUCCACCCCUACACGAUAG